AUGAACAGUGGAAUGGUUGCUUCUACCGAAGAUGCUCUCGAGCUAAUAGAUUCGAUUAAGGGCCUCCAAAUUUCAACUCAUAUCAACAUCGCAUGCUUCGGUUUAUUAAUUUACGAUUACCUGCUCACGUUUGAGGAUGAACGCACAUUGAUAUGGCAAUCAGAAUGGUCUUUCCCAAAAGUCGUAUUCCUCAUUACUCGCUAUUUUCCCGUCAUAGAUCUGUCAAUGACAAUCUCAUACUAUUUCAAGAGCUUGACUCCUGAUGAAUGUUACCGGAAAUAUAAAGCCAUGGGGCAUCUCAUCAAUGCUGGUAUUUGUAUUGCAGAACUCAUCCCAAUCAUCCGGACAUGGGCAAUAUGGGAGAGAAGCCGAACCAUAACCAUCGUACUCUUUAUAUGGGCUACUAUUAACCUUGGCGUCGAUGUCGUGAUUAUUACCGUUCACUUUAACGCCGCUCGGCUCACACCGUUACCAAGAGGAGUUCCUGGCUGUCUCCUUGACAAUGACAGUUCUCUCCUUGUCGGGGCAUGGAUCAUUCUUAUGGUAUUUGAAGCUGGAAUUCUGGGCAUGACAGCGCUGAAGGGCAUUCAAUUGUAUCGAGAAUACGAAAACAAGCAACUCCGAAAUUCGGCACUGUUCAAGGCAUUCUUCACGAACGGUGCAAUCUUUUACGUUUAUGUAUUUGCGCUCUCUGUCGCAAAUGUGAUUAUUAUCACGAGUUUUCCACGUGACUAUGUAGGAUUACUUGCAAGUGUCGAACGCGUUGCGCAUGCAGUCCUAAUGGAGCGGCUAGUUAUUACCCUUUGUAAAGCGGCAAGGCCCGAGCCAGAGGAAGAAGACCUGACCAAACUCGAUACAAUGCGGUUCGAACAAAGCCAAGGAAGGCUUAUCGAUACUGAAGCUGAGACUAGGGCUACCGUAUCAUCUUUAGCCGGAAACCAGACUUCUCCCGGACCUUCAACUUCAACCGCUACUUGA